GCUUCUUGUAUAAAAUUCAUGUUGACUCAGCAAUGUUUUGGAAGUGCUUUGCCCCCUCUGAUUCACUCUUCCUUCUUCCUCUAUGUGCACACAACUAGCCUGAGAAAACAGGCUUAGGACUUGCAGCCGGACGCAGCUGAGUGUGUUCCUUUGCACGAGAGCCACCUGCGGAUAUGUAUUUUGUUCUUCCAGGGAAGUGAGCAGAGGUGCGGGGCCGAAAUUGGAGACCAAGCUGUAUGGUUGCUUCCUGAAAUGCUUCUGCAAUCAAAGCGGUGAAGAUGGAAAGAAAGAAAAGGGUCGUUGCUCCUCGUGGGACACAAGGAAAUGCAGAAAUUAGCAAAGCAGCAGAUGGAAAUUCAGGAGCGCAGCUGGAUAUGUUAGCAAAAGCACAAGAGUGCUUUCAGAUCUGUGAUGUAGAAGGCAAAGGAUUCAUUGCUCGUUGUGACAUGCAGAGGCUUCAUGGUGAGUUACCUCUUAGUCUGGAAGAGCUGGAGAAUGUAUUUGAUACUCUGGAUGCAGAUGGCAAUGGUUCACUUACUCCAGAGGAAUUUUCCACAGGAUUUAGUCAGUUUUUGUUGGGUCGGACGGCAUCUGUUUCCGACACACAGGAAUGUGAAACUGAAAAUGUGUACCAGUCUGAAUGGAAACAAAACAGCGUGGAAAGCAAUGAAGAGGAAUAUCAGUUCUCGAAUCUUAUGGAGAGGCUUGGAGCUAACAAUAUCUUAGAAGACGAGAGUGACAUAAAGCAACUCUGGUCACACCUGAGAAAGGAUGAGCCACAUUUACUGUCUAGUUUUGAAGAGUUCCUGACAAAAGUUUUCUCUCAGCUUCAAGAAGCUGAUAAUGAAAAGAGUGAAUUGGAGCGUGUCCUGAAUAGGAAGAUUGCCGCCUAUGAUGAAGAAAUCCAACAUCUCUAUGAGGAAAUGGAACAGCAGAUCAAAAAUGAGAAAGAAAAAUUCCUUUUGAAGGACACAGAAAGGUUUCAGUCCCGAAGUCAGGAUCUGGAGCAUAAGCUUACAGCAAAAGAGCAGGAACUAGAACAACUGGCUCAGAAACAGAAGAGAUUAGAGGGACAAUUUAAAGAACUGCACAAUGACAAGCAGGAGACCAAAGUAGAAAAUACCAAGCUGAAGCUUACAAACAAAGGGCUGCUGGAAGAACUGGAGAGAACAUCCCAGGAGCUCCUCAUUGCCCAGCAGCACUUGCAGAUGCUCCAGGAUGAGGCCAAAAAUCUGCAGGAAGAAAAGGAAAUUGAGGUUUACAGAGUGACAGAAAUGUUACAGAGGGAGAAGUCAGGGCUUCUUAAGCAGUUGGACUUUUUAAGAGAAAGGAACAAAUAUCUGAGAGAUGAGCACGACGAAUGUUUACAGAAAUGUAAGAAUGUUCCAACUGCAAGGUGGAAAGAAAGAUCAGGCUCGAUCAUCGGCAAAUAUAUGGAGAAAAAGGUUUUGCCAAAAAGCCAGUCUUCAGAAGAUGAUGAUACAUUUAACACUGAAAGGAGAAGAAAUUCCACUGGUUUGAACGGGUAUCUUUCAUUUGAUUCUGAUUCUGCUGCUGGUGAGGGACUGACUCAAAGAAGGCCUCUACAAAGACUCAUAUCAAUUGAAGAAGAUCAUCUGCCCCAGCUUCUAAACAGACCGGGAGAGAGGACGCUAACCAAAUGGUCAGAAGAAGAUGAAACUAACUUGCCAGAACUGGAAAUGAAUGAGAUCCAAACAGAAUCACCAUCUGAACAGACGCCUUCCUUUCCCAGGGGGCAGCCAGUAGGGAAAGAAACACUAGCAAAUGAUGAACAAGUGUGCUUUCCUCCAAAUGGUUUAUUCAAGAUUGUCAUCGUAGGCAAUUCAAGCGUGGGGAAGACUUCCUUUUUAAGGCGUUUUUGCGAAGACCAUUUUUUCCCAGGCACUGCUGCUACAGUUGGUGUGGAUUACAGUGUAAAAAUGGUGCCAGUGGAUAACCACCAAGUACUGCUACAGUUCUGGGACACUGCUGGGCAAGAAAGGUACCGCAGCAUCACCAAGCAGUUCUUUCGAAAAGCUGACGGCGUGGUUGUGAUGUAUGACAUAACAGCAAAAGAGUCAUUCACAGCUGUGAAGCAGUGGUUAGUGAACAUUGAGGAAGCAGCAGGGGAGAAUAUUCCUGUCCUCUUGCUUGGUAACAAAACAGAUAAUGAAAAAGAACGGGAAAUCCCCAAGGGAUUAGGAGAGCAUCUAGCCAAGGAUUACAAUUUAAUCUUCUAUGAAUGCAGUGCUCUGUCAGGUGACGGCAUAAACAAGCCUGUCCUACACUUGGCCAGGGUUUUAAAAGAACAAGAAGACAAGGUGAAGGAAAAAACUAUUCAGCUACAUCAAGCCUCCAAGAAGAAGACUUGUUGUGUCAAGCAGUAGGGGGUGUUUAUGGCUUAUGCACACUUAACUUUUGCCCUGUUCUUUCCAGCCACUGUUCC